GGGGGUGCAGCGCGCCGACGUGGGUUCCCUGCGCGCUAUGGCGUCUCCCCCGCUGGACGAGCACGUCUUCCUCGUUGAGUCCUUCGACCGUAUCCGGGAGUUUGGCCUGCAAUUCCAGGGCCGGCUGUGUCGAAAGGACCUGUGUGCUGAGGGGGGACACGGCUGUCAGCACCAAUGUGUCAGCGCCCCUGGCACAUUUCAUUGUGCCUGCAACCCUGGCUACCAGCUAGCAGCAGAUAACAAGAGCUGUUCAGCCAUUGACCACUGCAGCUUCGGGAACCACAGCUGCCAGCACGAGUGUGUUAGCACCUUUGGUGGGCCACGGUGCCGCUGCAGAGAGGGCCACGACUUGCUGCCCGAUGGGAGGAGCUGUCAAGCCCGGGACCUCUGCAAUGGUGUAGACCACGGAUGCGAGUUCCAGUGCGUGAGCGAGGGCCUCUCCUACCGCUGCCUAUGCCCUGAGGGGCGGCAGCUCCAGGCAGAUGGCAAGAGCUGCAACCGGUGCCGGGAAGGCCACGUGGACCUGGUUCUGCUCGUCGACGGCUCCAAGAGUGUGCGUCCUCAGAACUUCGAGCUAGUGAAGCGCUUCGUGAACCAGAUCGUGGACUUCCUGGACGUGUCCCCCGAGGGCACGCGCGUAGGGCUGGUGCAGUUCUCGAGCCGCGUGCGCACCGAGUUCCCGCUGGGCCGCUACGGCACCGCGGCCGAGGUGAAGCAGGCGGUCCUGGCCGUGGAGUACAUGGAGCGUGGUACCAUGACCGGGCUGGCGCUGCGUCACAUGGUGGAGCACAGCUUCUCCGAGGCGCAGGGCGCACGGCCUCGCGCCCUCAACGUGCCCCGCGUCGGCCUGGUCUUCACCGACGGCCGGUCCCAGGAUGACAUCUCAGUGUGGGCAGCGCGGGCCAAGGAGGAAGGCAUCGUCAUGUACGCCGUGGGUGUGGGGAAGGCGGUGGAGGAGGAGCUGCGAGAGAUCGCCUCCGAGCCAGCCGAGCUGCACGUGUCCUACUCCCCCGACUUCAGCACCAUGACGCACCUGCUGGAGAACCUCAAAGGCAGCAUCUGCCCGGAGGAGGGCAUCAGUGCUGGGACAGAUCUUCGGAGCCCGUGCGAAUGCGAAAGCCUCCUGGAGUUCCAGGGCCACACGCUGGGGACGCUCGAGAGUCUGUCGCAGAAACUGGCCCAGAUGACGGCGCGCCUGGAGGACCUGGAGAACCAGCUGGCCACCCAGAAGUGAGG